AUGGAGCGCGGUGUAUGUCUCUUCCCCACGACCCCUCAGACUCUUCGUUCCGGUCGUGUUUCGGUGGACCCUUCAACCCACAAAAUCAGAGGUUGUGCCGCCGGGCCAGCGAGAACGGACAGGCCAUUCGCUGCAAACCUUCCGGCCGGUCCUGUGUCCAGCCAGGCAAGGGAUGGGAAAAUGCAGCGAAUUGGCCCAAGAAUCCUAGACAGGACCAUGGUCGAAAAUGGAACAAAGCGCUGCAGCAGGAUGCAGCAGGACGCAGACGCAGGUCACAGGUUGCAGUGGUGUGCAACUGGGCCAGUCUGCGACUCUCCGCCAAGGUCCAAGGUCAACAUUCCGCCAAGAUCACAAGAGAGCCACCGGAUGGGAAGGAAAAGCGGGGGUUGGGUCCUCCAGGCUCCAGGAAGCGUGCAAGAUCUUCCUGCGUCUCCGCCAGAGGCCUCCGCUUCAAAGGUCACUCCUCUCUCGGGCACGCCGUCUCCUCCAAAGGCCAAGACUUCUGCCCAGCACUGUGGCACUCUUCCCAAUAUCUCCACGCAUUCCUCUCUCAGACUCCAUACGGACACAUCCAGCCAGAGUGCCAGGCUGUCUCUUUCUCUGGGCGUUUGA